AUGGCGAUUGUGGUCAUAGUCUGGAGACAGAGUUUGGAGAGCGUUUCUCGCUCAUCCGAGCACAGCAGUCCACCGGCAGGUUACCACCAUGCUUCAAAGACCGCGGACGAGGUGGACGUCGAUAGCCAGCAUGAUGAGUGGUCUGACAUGACCAUGGCUCUGCUCAGGCACGUCAAGAGUCUCGUAGGAUACUCGCUGUUUCACCGUUCCCGCACCAAUUUCAACAAAAUCGACCGAAGAUGCACGAAUCUGGCCAGGCCGGCUACUGGCCAGACCAACAUGAUAGCAGCACGUGAUUCCAAACAAGAGGCAUACGUGUCGCGUAGACAGAACACACAGAGGGACAACAAGCAACAUCCGCCCAGACUCAAGAUUGAAACUAGAAUGAAGAAGACGCACGGCGUUGUUGCGUCCUGGCUCACGCUGCACGCGCUCCUGCACUGGGCAGACGUCGACGGGACAUGCACAUUCGACACGGCUGUCACGCGUCGCAGCCCUCGGCGUGACCGAACACAACCAAGCCCAGUCCCAGUCCCAAAUCCAGGCACAAGCCGCGGUUCGUCUUCCUCGUGGCCAAUUCUUGUCCAAAGCAUCGUUCGAGCCAACAACAUCAUAAUAUCAACAGGAUUUUCGACUGCAUAUGCACUCGCGCGCAGUGGAAGCCAUGUACAAUGCACUUGUCGACAUUAUCUCGUAACAAUUCCCGGUUUGCUCGUGGCUUAG